AGAACUUCUUAUUGGUGUUGAAUUCAGUCAAUUAAAUAAGUUGACACAAGUCUACAAUUUCAUUCAAAUAUAAUCCUAUUACUCUCUAUUAUCAUUUAAAACGUCCGUUUUUUUCAUAAUUAUCUUUAACAAUUAAUAAUUAUUCACAGAAUAUUAUAAUUUCAUUAAAUGGAUAGUCCAACAACAAAACAACCAUAUGCAGUUAGACAAAGAGAUUGGCAUGAUGGACUAUUUGACUGUACAAAUGACUGUAAUUCAUGUUGGCUUGUACUUUGCUGUUAUUCCUGUUACAUGUGUUACAUGUAUCGUCGAUAUGAUGAAUGUUGGGCAACCCCAUGUUUUAUUAUAUGCCCUGGCUUGACGUUAAGAGCAUACCAUCGGGCUAAACAUAAUAUACAAGUAAGUUGAGUUAAAGUUUUCUAUCAAAUAAUUAAUCAAUUUCUUAAAGCUAUUGUCGAAUUUUGUUCGUUCUUAAAAUGCGAUCAAUUACAGCAUUGAUAUGAACUUUAUUGAUAGCAUACAAUGAAGUGACAUUUACUUGGAAGAUCGUCUUGAUAUAGUUUUAUGAUUUUCAGCUUAGAAUUGUCUAGAAAGAUACUAGUAAUAGUAUAACAUUAUAAUUAAGUUAAUGAUAUUAUAAUUUGAAUCAAAGUACAUAAACAGAACAUUUGUUGUCAUACUAUAAGUCAGUUUACAAAUAAUGGUCUAAAAUAUAUUAUUGUCUAGAAAUCAGGUUUCAUGAACACACUAGUUAUAAAAAUCACCCCUUUAAACCAAUAGAUAAGAUGGUUUUAUUUGAUUUAAUUUAUGAUCUCCCUUAAAUUCACAAUUUAUGAUAUUUUUGUGAAUUAUUUGUCUUCAUUUGAGGUUUCAUUGUGUCAUAUUAUUGAUUUCGUGUUUAUUCAGUUGAAAUCUCAUGGAAAAAGUAAUGCUUAAGUCAUUAGUUUCUGCACUCAUACAUAAUGUUAGCCAAAUAUGAUUAGAUUAUUAUCUGACUGUAUGAUUUUAAUGUAUGGACGAUUGAAUGCUUCUUUAAGUGACUAAUUUAAAGCACACUUCAUGUAAUUUAUUAGAUAAGAUUAUCUUACAUAGUAAACUAAAACCAAUCUAUAUUAUACUUAUCAGUGCAGUGGCUAGUUUAUCUAGUAUACUAAUGAAAUAUCAUUUCUUAAUGUUAUUCAUGUGCGACCGAAUCCCUAAGAUAUAAAUAGGUUCAACGCAACAGCACUUCCCUCCAGUUUUCUAAACUAUUUUCUAAACAUGGGUAUAUUAUUGUAUUUAGAUGUCCACAAGACAAAGGAAAUGAUAAUUAUCAUAAGCCUUAAGUUUUCAUAUAAGCAGUCAUCAGAAUUGGAGUACUGAAUAAGGCACUUUACUGAAGUAACUCACAUUAAACCAUUAUGAGUAUUUUCAUAGCACUAACUAUCAAUGUGUUUGAACGCCUUAUUUAUGAAGCAGGUUAUUUCACAAUGACGUAUUGGAACAAAAUCAACUAGUACUUCAUACAAUAAUUCCAUGGAAACACAGUCAAAGAUAGUUCUAAAUGACAUGAAGGAAAUUCUUGUAUGUUAUUUACACUUUCUAAAGGCUUAUUCACAGCACCGGUAGAAGAUUACACAUUUUUAAAAAGUGCUUUGAUCUAAACAUACAUCUUAUCAAGUGAACUGUACAGCUACCAGAUCCUGAAGGAGUUGUUAGGUAAUCCAGAACGUGAGAAAUCAGCUAUUCGUAGAAAUUCGUGUCCGAAAGUUAUAAUUCAUAUUAACCUGAGAUAUGUCCAGCACAUGACACGUAAGUGCGCCGAAAGUGUGGGAAUAUAUACAUUUAAGUUGGUAAUCAUAACUAUCAUUUUGAUUGAUUUUCAGACACAACCACAAAACGGUAUUAUCUUAAAAACCAAUGAAGUAUUUUAAAGUAAUCCCAGUUCCACUCAUUUGUAAGCUCAGAAAACUGAAUCUUCUUAUAUUCACAAUAAAAAUGGGAACUAGGUGGCCCUUAAUAACACUAGUCCGUGGUACUAGAUGAAAUGAAUCUUCGUGCAUUCUUCAACAAAAUCUCCGGGAAGACUGGAUUCUAUGCCGAAACUCCCCAUUUUUCUUUCUGAGUUAAUCCUAAAAUAUAUGUCCAUUCAUUUGAUUGAAUCCAACUUUUGUAUAGAAGGUUUCAGACUGAAAACACGACUUUUUAAAUUGUUGCAUUAAUCAGUCAUUCAGUAGUAGCAAACAUUAUACUGUCUUGACCUCAGUGCUAAACGAAAUCUCCUAAUAGAGCCCUUGGUAUUUUUAAAAAUAAGUUAUCCAUUUUAUAAACAUACUUGCAAAGGGUUAACUAUCUAUUCUCUUCAUUUUAUGUAUAGACGAGAUAGAAAUAAAUUCCUAAUUAAGUGGCUUCAUGUAUUUUUAGACGUGAACCACACCCAAGCAUCUCAAAACUGGAUAAAUCUGAGAUUCAGAAUGUAAAUGAAUACCUAAUGAGAAUAUUCUAAGAUUAAAAUAUGCAAUCUUUUCCAAUCUUGAACUUUAAGCAAUCUCAAUCUGAUUCAAAUAUCAAAUCAUGUAUCUUCAAUAAAAUCUGCACAUCCUAAUAGGUCUUUGAGUCUCAGAUUGCAUGUUUCAUAGGACUAAAUUUUAAUUGCUAAAUGAUUUAUUCCUAAUACCUAAAUGUUGUAUAUAGGAUGGGAAUUAACUUUGGAAGUCCUAUUUUGUUCUACUACUUUAUUAUCGUUCUCUGAUGUUCACUAUUUCCUCUUUUCUUACUAUCAGAAGAAUAAACUACAAAGAAACAAGCUGGUGUACUAUUAUUGUAGCUAUUUAAACUAAACCACUAAAUUCUGUCAACUAAAGUAGAGAUUAGAAAGUAAAAUCACUGCCAUAUUCUCUAUGUGAAAGAGCACACAUGAUAUAUGAUAUGUUCAGCCUUUUAUUAACUGAUAUUUAUUCAGAAAGCGUGUUGACGAUGUUACUCUCUCCGUUGAUAAGUUAUUUGAAUCUUCCACCUGUGCCGUUAUAGUAAAACUACCAACUAUUCAGUAGUGAAAGCAGUAAACAAAUGAGUGAAAUACUAGGGUAACCUAGAUUCAGUGCUACGCUCUGUAAAGAAUGAACUUUCGAAUGAUAAAAUCUUUUCAGCUGGAGUAAAACAGUUUAGUUAAUUCGAUAUAAACAACCAGAAACAAGAAAUUUUCGAUUUACUCUUGUGAAAAACAAUGAUUUCUGGUAUUAAAAAAUUUUUUUUUCAUCACUUUUAUUUUUCUAUUAUUAGGGUACUUUGUGCAGAGAUUUCCUGAAGGAAUACUUUUGUCCAUUGUGUGCAGCUUGUCAGUUAGAUCGUGAUAUGAAAUAUGUGGAGGCGACUAGUGGGAUAUUAAAUGUUUGAAGAGAAACAAACAGUUUUAUAGCUCAGUUUGUGUUUUUCUUCUGCUACUUCUUUAAUGUUUUGAUAAAUAUUUAUUCAUCACUUUAAAGUCAUGAUAUUCUUAUCCUCUUGUUGUAAAAGGUAUAGUUUACAAAUUCUAUGAACCAUUCUAUCAUGUUUAAAAUAAUUUUCAAUCAUUGCACUGGCUUUUUUGUUUUAUUAUGAAAUACUCACAAUGAUGCAUUUGUAUGAUAAAUAUAAAUACAAAUUUUAAUCCGAUCAACC